AAGAGUCUUCUUCAAGGCACUGGGACGAAUCGCUGCUAAAAUUUACAACCCCAACUUUUUUUUAUUUUGUUCUUAAUUGGUGGUUGCCCAACAUCUUUAACUGUCUGUUGACCUGACUUAACCCCCGAGAAUAACUAACGACGAAGAAUAAUAUGUACCGAGAUAGCGGUUCAUGAAGGAGGAACAAGCCAAACUGCGAGGAGCGAACCUAACACCGACAUAUUACUUGAGCUUUAUUUAAACUUAGAUUUCACUAAAUACCCUUGUCAUGACGCGUAAGAAAGCGAAAUCCAACAAAAAGUGGGCUAUGUACCCAUCUUUACACGAUGAAGUGUCUCUUCUCCUUGAAGAAGAUGAUUUACAUCUUGAUUUCUGCAAAAUUGACGAUGCGGAAACUUGUAUUAGGGAAUACGACACGAACAUUAUGGGUCGAUUUAUAUGCCACAAUGAUAAAUGCGGUUCGAAUGGAUGGUCAAGCAAUAUGGUUGCCAUCACUAUACGGAUGUAUCCAAAUGAUCGAUACAAUGCAAGGGUCUAUUACCAACGCUGUAAAGGCUGCAAUCGCCUUAGCAAACCACUUUUGAAUAAUACAUAUGCAGAAAGAAUUGCGUAUCGUAUUAAGAAAUGGUAUGGUAUACAACUGGAGACGCCAUACUACUCAGAACAGAGUAAUGGUCCACACCAGAGCUCUUUAUGUGAAGGAUGCAAGGAUGGUCAUUGCAGCGAAUUGAAAAAAACGUUUGUGUAAUGAUGAUAUGGGUACUGUAUCAAUGGGACUUGAGAACCACACUUUUAUCUGUCUGCCUUUGAGCAAUUCUCAAGUCAGGCUAAUUAUAUAGCAAUCAACCCAUUUUAUCUUUGGAC